UCAGCAAUAUAAUAAUAUUGAUAACAUUAAACAAUAUGAUAUUAGAUGAUUUUGUCGUUUUGUAAAUAGUAAAUACAAAUUUUUUUAAUUAUAAAUCUUUCAUAUUUAUGGAAAAAUAGCCAUUGCGAAAAACAAACGCCAUGACUGACGUAAGCUCGUACAGAGACCAACACUUUAAAGGCUCUCGAGGUGAGCUGGACAAGAUGUUGCGUUUGUCAACGACCAUGUACAUUGGAAACUUGGCGUUUUAUACAACGGAGGGACAGAUAUACGAACUGUUCUCAAAGUGUGGCGAUAUUAAGCGAAUCGUCAUGGGCCUGGAUAAAUUCAAGAAAACACCCUGUGGCUUUUGCUUCAUUGAGUACUAUACAAGGGAAGAUGCAGAGAAUUGUAUGCGUUUUGUCAACGGAACCCGACUGGACGACCGCAUCAUAAGAACAGACUGGGAUGCCGGAUUUAUCGAAGGCAGACAAUACGGCCGUGGAAAAACAGGCGGCCAAGUGCGGGACGAGUAUAGGACUGAUUAUGACAUUGGCCGAGGUGGUUACGGCAAAAACGCUCAACCCAAAGCAGACAUGAUAAUAUUCGGCAGAAACAAAGAUUCCCUUCCAAUGGAAUAAUGCACAAUUUUAACAAAAUCUGCACCGAAUUAUUUUUUUUUCCAAUCAUGUGUAAAUUUCCUACCUACCACUUGAUUUUGUAAAUAAAUAAAUAUUUUAUA